ACCCCUCACUGCAUCACUCUAUAGGGAGCUAUGGUUUCUCCCAACCGUUUAGUUGCUUUAUCUCUCUCUUUACUUCUUCUAACUCUGCUUCUGUAUGCAGCUGGGGUUAGUUCUUCUUCCACAAACGCCACUAAAAUUGGCCAGGGCUAUCGCCUUAUCUCCAUUGAAGAAUCUCCUGAUGGUGGCCUUGUGGGUAUCCUUCAAGUGAAGCAAAAGACCAAGAUUUAUGGCCCUGAUAUUCCCCUCCUACGCUUCUAUGCCAAGCAUGAGACAGAUAACCGUUUGAGGGUACACAUAAGUGAUGCAGAGAAGCAAAGGUGGGAGGUUCCCUACAACCUUUUACCAAGGGAGCAACCACCACCUUUGACUCAGACCAUUGGAAGGUCAAGGAAGAACCCAAUUUCAGUGUCUGAGUACUCAGGUUCUGAGCUUCUGUUCAGCUACACUUCAGACCCUUUUAGCUUCGCAGUGAGAAGGAAGUCCAGUGGUGAGACCCUUUUCAAUUCUGCCUCUGAUGGUUCAGACCCUUUUAGUUCUCUUGUGUUUAAGGACCAGUACCUUGAGAUUUCUACCAAAUUGCCUAAAGAUGCUUCUUUGUAUGGUUUGGGAGAGAACACACAGCCACAUGGGAUUAAGUUGUACCCUAAUGACCCUUACACUUUGUACACUACUGACAUAUCAGCCAUUAAUCUCAAUGCUGAUUUGUAUGGAUCACACCCUGUGUACAUGGAUCUCAGAAAUGCAGGCGGCAAGGCUUCUGCACAUGCUGUUCUGCUGCUGAAUAGCAAUGGAAUGGAUGUUUUCUACAGAGGAACUUCUCUGACAUACAAGGUCAUUGGAGGCGUAUUGGAUUUUUACUUCUUUUCUGGGCCUAGUCCUUUGAAUGUUGUUGAUCAGUACACUUCCCUCAUUGGAAGACCAGCUCCAAUGCCUUACUGGGCUUUUGGAUUCCACCAAUGCAGAUGGGGAUAUCACAAUCUAUCAGUAGUAGAAGAUGUUGUGGAGAACUACAAGAAGGCUCAAAUCCCUCUUGACGUGAUCUGGAACGAUGAUGAUCACAUGGAUGGGCACAAGGAUUUCACACUAAAUCCAGUCAACUACUCUCGUCCAAAACUUUUAAACUUCCUGGACAGGAUACACAGCAUUGGCAUGAAGUACAUUGUCAUUAUUGACCCUGGAAUUGAUGUUAACUCCAGUUAUGGUGUAUAUGAAAGAGGCAUAGCGAGCGAUGUUUUUAUCAAGUAUGAGGGCGAACCCUUCUUGGCUCAAGUUUGGCCAGGGGCAGUAAAUUUUCCUGAUUUUCUCAAUCCAAAGACGGUUUCUUGGUGGGGUGAUGAGAUCCGUCGCUUCCAUGAACUUGUCCCUGUUGAUGGCCUGUGGAUUGACAUGAAUGAAGCUUCAAAUUUCUGUUCUGGAAAGUGCAAAAUUCCUAAAGGAAAGCAGUGUCCAAGCGGAACAGGACCUGGAUGGAUAUGCUGCUUGGAUUGCAAGAACAUUACCAAAACACGGUGGGAUGAUCCUCCAUACAAAAUCAAUGCCUCAGGAAUUCAAGCUCCAAUUGGCUUCAAAACAAUAGCCACUAGUGCCGUCCACUACAAUGGCGUGUUGGAGUAUGAUGCUCACAGUAUUUAUGGUUUCUCUCAAUCCAUUGCAACUCACAAGGCCCUUCAAGGGCUUCAAGGCAAAAGGCCUUUUAUUUUGUCUCGGUCAACCUAUGUGGGUUCAGGCAAAUAUGCUGCACAUUGGACUGGCGACAAUAAGGGCACGUGGGAGGACUUGAAGUACUCAAUAUCUACAAUGCUCAAUUUUGGCAUAUUUGGGGUGCCAAUGGUGGGUUCAGAUAUAUGUGGGUUCUAUCCACAACCUACUGAAGAACUAUGCAAUAGAUGGAUAGAAGUAGGGGCUUUCUACCCUUUCUCAAGGGAUCAUGCAAACUACUACUCCCCUAGACAGGAGCUUUACCAAUGGCAAACAGUGGCUCAGUCUGCUAGAAAUGCUUUAGGUAUAAGGUAUAAGCUACUCCCGUAUCUUUACACCCUAAACUAUGAGGCUCAUGUUAGUGGAGCCCCAAUUGCCAGACCUCUUUUUUUCUCAUUUCCAACUUACACUGAAUGUUACGGCCUCAGCACUCAGUUCUUGCUAGGAAGCAGUCUCAUGAUUUCUCCAGUGCUUGAGCAGGGAAAAACACAAGUGAAAGCACUCUUCCCUCCUGGUAGCUGGUACAGUUUGCUUGAUUGGACACACACCAUUACAUCAAAGGAUGGAAUUUAUGUUACCCUCGAUGCUCCUCUACAUGUGGUCAACGUGCAUUUGUAUCAGAAUACCAUUCUCCCAAUGCAGCAAGGUGGAAUGAUCUCCAAGGAUGCUAGAAUGACACCCUUCAGCCUCAUUGUAACCUUCCCCUCGGGUGCAACCGAAGGAGAGGCAAAAGGAAACCUUUUCCUAGACGACGAUGAAUUGCCAGAGAUGAAGCUUGGAAGUGGCUAUUCAACCUACAUUGAUUUCCAAGCAACUGUGAGUCAAGGAGCUGUGAAAGUUUGGUCACAAGUCCAAGAGGGCAAGUUCGCAUUAGAUAAAGGUUGGGUUAUUGAUUCUAUUUCUGUCUUGGGAUUAGAAGGAAGUGGAGCAGUGUCUGAACUUGAGAUAGAUGGAAAACCACUGAUGAGUUUCUCAAAUGUGAGGGUCAGCACAUCAGAACAUGAGCACUUGAAUGGUGAGGCAGAUGGAGAAAGGAAAACUGUGAUGGUUGCGUUGAAGGGCUUGAACAUCCCAGUGGGUAAAAACUUUGCCAUGACCUGGAAAAUGGGGUGAUAGGUUGAGUGGUUUAAUGUUAUUUGUGAUUUUGUAACUUUGUUGUGUUAUUUUUUCUUUUCUACAAUUCUUGUAGGCGUUGUGAGGGAUAAGAGAUGAGCUAUAAUUGUGCUCGUCCUUUUUCAUUAUGACAAGCCAAGGCAAGGCGAUCUGAAUGUUUUUAUGUUAGUUUUUAUGAUAGUUAGAUGAAACUUCUUCUCAAAAGUGAUUUAGAAUUAUCCAUUCCAUGCCACCCUCCAUGCUUCGCUCAAUAUACUAGUAUAUUAAUUUACCCGAACGUGAAGAAGCUAAUUAUUAUGCUUUUAUAUUUUAAUGUGGAUGCUUAGAUAUUUACAUGAUUUAUCUUUCUCUUUCAAUAUAAAUCUACAAUAAUAAGAAAAACUAUUCUU